AUGAAACUUCAUGACGCUCAGUUCGGUUUCAAACCCGGACUCUCCACAGAGUCUGCAAUAUACUGCCUCAAGCACACCAUUCGCUACUAUACAGACCGACGCACACCUGUAUUUGCUUGUUUUCUGGAGGAAAAUUGCUUCAGAGACUACUCUAUCAACAGAACACCUGUUGCUGUUAAAGUACUGGUACGGAAGCCAGUCGAAUGUCGUGAGAUGGGGAAACAGUUUUUCGAAUGUGUACAGGUUGUACAGCGGGGUGAGGCAGGGGGAUUGACGUCUCCCAAGUUGUUCAACCUGUACAUAAACGGACUAAUUGAGCAGCUCAGCGGUGCUAGGGUGGGGUGCUCGAUUGGUGGCCGUGUCAUCAACAAUAUUAGUUAUACUGAUGAUAUGGUGCUGUUGAGCCCCUCAGUCCGUGCCUUGAGGAGGUUGUUGAAAAUCUGUGAGCAAUAUGCGGUGGCCCAUGAACUCAGGUAUAAUGCUAAGAAAAGUGAGCUGCUAGUUUUCAAAGCGGGCACGAAAACAUAUAACACUGUUCCACCUAUUACACUAGAUGGUGCUCCUCUCAAGCAAGUGAAGCAGUUUAAAUACCUGGGUCACUGGGUGACCGAUGCGCUCACAGAUAACUUAGAGCUGGAUAGGGAGCGCAGGGCAUUGACGGGUAAUGAGAAGCUGGAGAUAGUCGAUCAGUACGUCUAUCUCGGACAUGUACUAUCCUUUGGUAAAAAGUAUCAGCCUAAGGAGAUCUCCAAAAUAAUCCAGCUGGGAUGGGCUGCGUUUGGCACGUUAGAUGACAUCCUUAAAUCAGAUAAGGCUCCACAGUGUCUGUACACUGAACACCCGCUUGUUUAA